GUGAUUGUAUUUCAUUGAAUCUGCACGCUUUCGAUUGGAGCGUAUUCGCUCUAUUUAUUUCUCAAUGUGUUUCUCUGUGCGCGCCUGAUGAAGGGCGAUCUUUAUGUCCUCAUAUUGUGGUUCCCUUUUACGAGUGUUUUGUUGUUCUACAGGAUAUUUUGCAUUGACAAAUACCAAUAUGGGCCAUUCUAUAUACUUACCAAUUAUUUUAUGGGUGCAUCUCUUAUUAUCAUGGCAGUAGUCUACUUGGUACUUGGAAGUAAGAAAUCUAGUGGAAGGGCCAAGCCAGAUCUGCAAGAGGUUAGCUGCAACCCGACAACAAAUCGAACAGAAACGAGCACCAAGCCGGCUACACUUACACUUACACCUACGGUCAGCACACCACCUGGCUGGAGAGAAAAUCUAUACUAUGCUGAACCGAUGGAGAAUCGAGCAAGGCACGAAUACCCGCGCUUAGGUUGGCUACCUGAUCUGUACCCAGACUCGAAUGGGCCAUUUCAUAGGUUUAUGCCCAGUGCACCUGAGCCAAGCACCGCUGAUUCAGGUGAUAAUCAGUGCAAUCCUUUCGAUUUCAACUGCGCUGAUAACAGUGAUAAGAAAAUCAGCUGCGAUAAGGAUAACUCCUGCGAUAAGGAUAAUAGCUGCGAUAAUGCUGCCGAUGGAGGUGGCGGCUGUGACGAAGGUGGCGGCGCAGAUUGUGGAGGCGGGGACAAUGAUGGUGGAGGGGGCAACGAUGAUUAGAAUAUAAUGUGGAACUCGACUUAUACUCUAAUGUUACCUCAAACUCGGAAGUGUUGACUUAAUAUAAACAUUCAAUCAUUUAUAUUUAUACUUUUAGUUUAGAACAAUGAAACAUUGUACCUUAAAUAGUCACCGAUAGACUAUUUAAUAUC